CUUUGCUAGACAAAGUCGUCAUGACAUCGCCCAGUGUGAUCGGGGAUUUCUACUGGAGGGGCAAUUUUAGCCUUUUAUCUUUAUAUUUUAUCUUCAUACUGUACUGUCUUUGAUGUAGUGGUAUCCUGUGGUUCGCUGUCCUAAACCAGGAAAAACAGUCGCGUAAGUCAUUGUGAGAUGGCUCAACAAUUGUUAUUAAAAGUAAUUUGCAAUCAUCAGGGAACAUUGAACUAUGCAGAUCUGGCAGAUAUUGGGUGUGGGGCAGAUAUGAUCUGCGCUCUUGAUAAACUUGUUGAAAACGAUUUAUGUUCUAUAGCAGUGUGUAAUGGAAAUGAACGCAUUUUUGCGAAAACGAAAGUUAGGCGCUGCAAGGCUCAGCAAUGUGAUGGCUGCAAUGAUUUACAUCUAUGUAAAUUGUAUCUAUUUGGGGACUGCAAGAAUAGUAUCGGAAGACGGACAUGCCGCUUUGGCCAUGACCUUCACUCCGAACACAACUCCAUAGUUUUGAGAGAGCAUAAACUUGAGACGCUGAGUAGACAGGAACUCAGGCAGCUAUUAUUACAGAAUGACAACUCCCUCCUUCCACCGGUGUGCAACUCUUAUAACAAAGGCACUAUGCCAUAUGGCAACUGCCCAGAUCAGGAGGGGUGCAGGAGACUUCACGUGUGUGACAGGUACAUCAGAGGAACCUGUUCCUCGGGAGCCGACUGCAACAGGUGUCAUGACUUCUUUGAGCCCCACCCACUGAGGACCCUGCAGCAGAGGGGGGUGCCAAACGAUCUAAUGGUGUCCAUGUUGUCCACCUACCGAAACAUUCAGGCCAUGAAAAGUGAAGGUGCCGGCAGUGCUGCUUCUAUCAACAGGCCCCAGAGCUGUCCUCAGAGAAACACAGUGAGGAAUGAGAUCUGCCUGUUCUUUGUCAAGGGGGACUGCAAACAAGGAGAGAAAUGCUCGAGAGUCCACUUCAAAAUGCCCUACAAGUGGGAAGUGAAUGGUGGACAGACUUGGUCAGCUCUGCCAGAAAACGAAGCAAUCGAGAGAGACUUCUGUGACCCUUCUAAGAUACACAGUGAGGGAGCUGAGCGUGUGCGUUUCGACUCCAUGAGCCGCGGGUUAUGGGAUGUUCGUCGUCUCUCCACAGUUUCCUCUGUGACCCAGCCCACAUACGUACUCACCACAGAGUGGGUGUGGUUCUGGGAGGACGAGUACGGCAAAUGGAUCCAGUACGCAUCCAUCAAAGAGAUGCACAGAUUGUCAUCCAUCACCAGUGAAGACCUUGAGAAAAGGUUCCAGGAGGAUCAAAGUGCUGUGGUGAAGUUCACUGCAGGCCAGCAGUUUUAUGAGCUGAGUUUCAGAGACAUGACUCAAUUUAACGAAAGAUUUGGUACUACAAGGAUGGUCAGACGACGUCCAGUCUUUGUUUCAACUGUGGACGCACAAGCUGCAAGAAGCAGGAGAAAUAGAGCACGCAACCCCUCUCAGAAUUUCAGAGCUGUUCCUGGAUCUUGGGACAAGUCUGCGAUACCUGACAUUGGAUACAAGACAGUCACUCUUCUGAGUUCUGACAGGGACUAUCAGAAGGUCCAGAGACUUUUCAAUAACACCAUGAGGGGCUUCCAAAUCACCAGCAUCGAGAGGGUCCAAAACAGGGACCUCUGGGAAGUCUUCCAGUGGAAAAGAGAUUUGAUGAAGAAAAACAAUGGGGGUAGAAACAGCAAGGAGCUACAUCUGUUCCACGGAACGGACCCAAAACACGUAGACGCCAUUUGCAGAGAUAACUUCGACUGGAGGCUGUGUGGAACCAAUGGAACUGUGUAUGGCGAAGGGAGUUACUUUGCCAGGGAUGCCAAGUACUCACACAGCUUCACCAGCCACUCAGGAGUGAGGUCCAUGUUUGCUUGUCAGGUGCUUGUUGGUGACUACACACGGGGUAAUUCGGCGCUCCGUCGUCCCCCUCCAAAAGGCGAGGGAAGCCCCACUCUCUAUGACAGCUGUGUGGACAAUGUCCUGAACCCAUCCAUAUAUGUGGUGUUUGAAAAGCACCAGGUGUACCCCGAGUUCCUCAUCAAAUAUGAUGAUGGCGUCAUGCACUGGACCUCUUCGGCUCCAGCUCCACUCAAAACUGUCUCUAUCCAAUCCACUUCCUUAACCCCAAAAUCCAACCGGAUUCAAGCCACAGCUGCUGCUACCACAUUGAAGAGAGUUCCAUCCACUUUGAGUCCAUCUAAAACUGCAGCCACAACUUCUUCUAAUCCAACCUGUUCUCUUCCCGCCUCGCGGUUUGUCCCAAAAUCUGACCAAACCCCAUUAACAUCUCCAGUCCUCUUAAAGCCAGCCCUAAGUUCUCAAUUGGUGGAUACCACCCUAGGCCCAGAUUUCACUCUCUCAUUUGCAAACCUCACUCACACACUCACUACCACAGCCAGUACCCCCUUUCGUACGCUCACUACCCCAGCCAGUAUCCCCUCUCACACACUCACUACCCCAGCCAGCACCCCCUCUCAUACUCUCACUACCCCAGCCAAUACCCCCUCUCGUACGCUCACAAACCCAGCCAGUACCCCCUCUCACACACUCACUACCCCAGCCAGUACACCCUCUUAUACGCUCACUACCCCAGCCAGUAUCCCCUCUCCUACACUCACUACCCCAGCCAGCACCCCCUCUUAUACAUUCACUACCCCAGCCAGUAUCCCCUCUCCUACACUCACUACCCCAGCCAGUACCCCCUCUUAUACAUUCACUACCCCAGCCAGUAUCCCCUCUCCUACACUCACUACCCCAGCCAGCACCCCCUCUUAUACAUUCACUACCCCAGCCAGUAUCCCCUCUCCUACACUCACUACCCCAGCCAGCACCCCCUCUUAUACAUUCACUACCCCAGCCAGUAUCCCCUCUCCUACACUCACUACCCCAGCCAGCACCGCCUCCUGUACAUUCACUACCCCAGCCAGUAUCCCCUCUCCUACACUCACUACCCCAGCCAGUACCCCCUCUUAUACAUUCACUACUCCAGCCAGUACCCCCUCUCCUACACUCACGACCCCAGCCAGCACAGCCUCUCGUAGACUGGCUCUCCAACCCCCCACCCCUUCUCAUACACUCACUCUCUCAGCCAGCACCCUGUCUCCUGCACUUUCCCCUUUAACUGGCCCCCUAUCUCUGGCUCACACCCGCUCAACAACCACUACUCACACACUCCCUGCCAGCAGUACCUCUCACUCACUAUCCCCUUCAUCCUCAUUGAGCACACCUUAUCACACACUUUCUCACUCAUCAUACUCCCCAACUUACACACAAACUCUCUCACACACUUCCCCCUCCACGUCAAGCAAUUCUCCAAGCACACUCUCCCCCUCAGCAAGCAACCUAUCUCGGGUGUUCUCUCCCUCGACGGGUGCCUUCUAUCGUCCACUAUCUACCACAACAAGCACUACUAGAUCUCCUCCUGAGUCACUGUACAGUGUUCCAACAGCUCAAAGGAGGGACACCAAAGAAACAAACAAAUGCCUUCUGCAAUAAUUUGCCUUUGUCAGGAUGGAGCAGUAAGUAGAAUGUUUUGAUGGCAAACAUUUAAAAAAGAAAAGAAAAUUAGAAAUAAAAUGUAUUAAAAUGAUGAAUGAUCACUUUAUUUGCGUAUCAAAAAUGUAGUAUAGAUGUGUAUCUUUACCUGUAAGGGCGAAAUAACAGUAAAGCUGUUAACAACAAACCAGACAUUUGUAAUUUUGCACAUAUGAAUUUGGUGAGCAUGUUUCCUUUACACAGGUCUGCUGACACAGUCCAUACAUCUUGUAAAUGAAACCAGUUUGAUGUCUGUGUUUUAAACUGAAUAAACUCAGAAAAACAUUGA